AAACAAAAAAGUAUAAGUAGAAGGGUUAAACUAGUACUUCAAUCAAAAGUCAACAACAAAUAAUCUCUAUUUCCUUUAUAAAAACAACAAAUAGUCUCUUGGAGAGUAUCAUCGGAGAACACGUUUCCGGUAAACCCUAAAUCAAUAUCUCCGGUGAGAUAUUAUUUUCCGGCAAUCGCUUCUCGUGCACGCAAUCGACCGAUCAUAUAAUCCGUUGCGUACGACGAAGAUUCAAUUGAUUUGCUGUUAAAGGCAGUUGUGAGAGCAACGGAUUCUGAUAAAUAUGUUUAAGUUCUGGGGUUCUCAAGAGCAAGGUGACCCAAGGCCACAAGAAAUUACUACAAACUCAUGGUAUCCUCCAUCUGUUAGCACACCAAGUCCAUCCCACCCUGCUACUCCUAAUAGCAUCAACUCUAGCGCUUACUCACAAAGGGUUGGAGAUCGACCUCAUGUUUCUCCUGCAGAGGCUGCUGGCAUUAUUGUAUAUCUAAAAGAUAAAAGUGUUGAUGAGUUACGGAAGCUUUUAUCUGACCCGGAGGCCUAUCAACAGUUCUUGCUAUCUAUUGAUCCUGUGAGAACUCAGAACAAUGUAAGAGAUGAGCUCCGAAAGGAAACUGUGCAGCUUGCUAGAGAGAACUUGGAAAAAGAACCCCAGAUAACCGAAUUGAGGAACCAGUGCAUGAUCAUAAGAACAAGUGAGUUAGCUUCUGCUCAAGAAAAGCUAAAUGCUCUCACCAAGCGAAAAGCUGAAAUUCUUAAGUCUUACUCUCCUGGUUCCUUGCUACACAAGCUACAAGAGUCGAUGAAUAAGACAGAUGAGGAAUCUGAAACGCUCCACCAGCAGCUUCUUGGAAAAGAGAUUGAUCUUGCAACGUUCGUUCAGAAGUACAAAAAACUACGUGUUGAUUACCAUAAACGGGCCCUCACCCACCUUGCAGCCAGCACUUCUAUGGUCGGUUGACUAUAUUUUGGUCAAACAAUAUUGGACUUUUGUGGAUGGAUUUAUACUGAACAUAUAAUUGUAACAUUUGAACAUGAAAAGUAAUGGUUUUGUUUUAUUUCA